AAAAUCAUAAGCUCAAACUGUUUAAACUGUUUCUUGUGUUGUCUCCUUCCUCUCCACUCGCCCUUUCUUCUUCUUCUUCUUCUUCCCAAAUACUAACCCAGAGGAAGAUCAGAACUACUCAUAAAACACAACAAUGUCUGUCCAAUUCCGACCAACACUUAUAUUAUCAUCACCAUCAACAAAUUAUAAACUCUUACAUCAUCAUCCUCAUCCUCGUCUUGAUCAUAAUCAUCAGCCCAUUUUGCUACCAUUUUUAAGUCAAACUAGAAGAAAACUAAUCCCUUGCCAUGCCCAAAAGCAGCAGAAGCAGGAAGUUUAUCAAAUUGAGAGGCUGUUCUCUAAUCUUAAUCAAGCCACACUUAAAAGAGAACCUGGAAGUUUAUCUAGUGCUAUUUUGCUGGUUGCUGGUACAACGGUGGGUGCUGGAAUACUAGCAAUUCCUGCAGUCACUCAAGAUUCUGGAUUUUUAGCCUCUGCAGUAGCCUGUGUUUUUUGUUGGAUGUAUAUGGUUGCUACUGGGUUGCUCGUUGCGGAAGUAAAUGUCAACACAAUGUGUGAACUGGGCUCCGGCGGAGUCUCAUUGGUAUCAAUGGCCAGGAGAACUCUUGGGACAGUUGGAGUUCAAGUUGCAUGUUGGUCAUACAUUUUUAUUCACUACGCCCUUCUAGUUGCUUAUGUUGCUCGUUCUUCAGAUAUUCUGACAAACUUUCUCGGCAUUCCAUUAUGGGUAAGUGCAACUCUGUUCUCUUUAGUCUUGGGAGGCAUAUGCUACUUUGGAAGUCAGCGCUUCAUCGGUUCUGUUAACGGAAUUCUAGUAGUCGGAAUCAUUACUUCUUUCACAACUCUUGUGGCAGUUGCAAGUGGAAAUAUACAUUUGGAUGCUCUUCUGAAAGCCAAUUUUGAAGCUGUUCCUAUGAGUAUACCAAUUAUUGCCCUUUCAUUUGUUUAUCAGAAUGUAGUACCUGUUCUUUGCACGAACCUCGAAGGAGAUAUUUCAAAAGUAAGGACAGCAAUUGUUCUGGGCACAGCUAUUCCACUAGGUUUAUUCCUGGUAUGGAAUGGUGUUAUUUUGGGAUCAAUUACAACCACUGAGAUGGCUGAUCACAUCAUUGAUCCAAUACAACAGUUACGAUCUACCAACGGUGUUGUCGGACCAAUAAUUGAGAUCUUCUCACUUCUUGCGAUUGCAACUUCUUACAUUGGAUUUGUUUUGGGACUUGCUGACUUCCUUGCUGACUUGUUGAAACUGCCAGCUAGUGAGAGUAAUCCUUUGCCAUAUUUCUUGACAUUGUUUCCACCAUUAGUGUUGGCUUUGCUCAACCCUGAAAUAUUUUUCAAAGCCUUGGACUUUGCAGGAACAUAUGGAGUUUUGGUGCUAUUCGGGAUUCUUCCUGCUGCGAUGGCUUGGUCGGAUCGGUACUCAAGUUCGUCACCGUCGGUAAAAUUAGCGGAACUCCUUCCCGGAGGAAGAAUUACUCUUUCUUUUGUCAUUGGAGGUGCAGGAUUCAUCAUUCUGUCUGAAAUAUUGGAGAAUUUCGGACAUUCAUGAUUCUUUUUCAUAUAAUAAUUGUAUAACAGUAAUAAAUUAAAUGUAUAUAAAUUAACUUCUAAGUGAAAUGCUCGAAUCCACGGAGAAACCGAUUGAUUUU